AUGGCUACUUCUCCUGCCACGAGUCUGUCUCAAGCUUUGGACUUUCAGCCAUCCAGCGACCCCUUAACCACACUGCAGCUCCCCUUAGCCAUUGGCAUUGGUAAUGUGUCAAUUGGAGGCUGUGCCAUCGGAGAUAGCACCGUCAGCUUUGUGAUUGACACGAGUCGCAGUGUGAUUGCGUCGAAGGUUUCGGGUAGUGCUGAGAAGACUUUUAUUUCUCAAUUCUGA